UGUACGAAUUCCAGUAACUAAUUUUUAUAUUGUUUUCAUAUAUCAUAGAGAUAAUUUUAAUCUAAGAAUAAUUCUUAUGAUAAGAAAUGUAGGGGAAUAGUCAUUGAGUUGGCAUAAUAUAUCUUACUAUUAGUUAAAAUGUUGUGCCUUAAAAGGGGUAAGGGAAAAAUUACAGAUGAACCCAAAGAAAAAGAGAAUCGACGUUCAGGUGUACAACGAGAAAAUGUUGAUGAACAAGUAAAAGUGAUCGACUACAAAAAAUCCAAAGAGGAUGAAUAUAUAAUAAAGGAAGCAAUAAAAUGCAAUGAAUUUAUUAGCAGUUUAUUCAAAGGAAAGCAGUUGAACACUAUUGUAUCGUCUAUGUAUCACAAAGAUGUUAUGAGGGAUGACAUUAUUAUAAAACAAGGUGACGAGGGAGACCACAUGUAUGUUUCAGCAAGUGGUUCUUAUGAUAUUAUAAUUAACGAAGUUCUGUGGGGCACUUUCUCCGACAAUAGAAUAUUUGGUGAACUUGCAUUGAUUCAUAAUGCCACUCGUUUAGCAACGAUAAGAGCAAGAACUAACGGCAAAGUUUGGAUACUCGAUAGAUCAGUCUAUCAAAAAAUUAGAAUUCAAAAUGCAAAAGCCGAAAAGGAGGAAAUGCUGUCGUUCUUACAAAAGGUACCAUCCGUCAAAUCAGCUUCAAUACAAAAACUCGAAGAAAUAUUAGUAUUGUUACAAAAUGAAUUCUUUACUGAAAACACUGAUAUUGUAAAGCAAGGAGAGAUAGGAGAUAAGUUUUAUAUUAUCAAAACUGGCACCGUAAAUAUUACUAUUGAAGGUCAAGGAAGAGUGGCUACUAAGAGUAGAGGAGAGUAUUUCGGAGAAAUGGCAUUAAUCGAAAAUGAUGUCAGACAAGCGACAGUAACAGCCAAUUCACCUGGAGUAGAAUGCUUGACUUUAUCUCGUUUAGAUUUCAACAGAUGUUUAAGCGAUUUAGAUACUUUUCUCAGCAAAAAAGAUAUUGUUGAUGAAGAGAUAGAAAUAAAUGAAUCGAGUGAAUAUGCUAAUCUGGAGUUAUCACAUUUAAAACGCGUGGUAACAAUUGGAAAAGGAGCCUUCGGACGAGUUGAACUGGUCCAGCACAAAAGGCAAUCAAAUUUAGUAUUUGCUUUAAAAUAUCUUGUAAAGGACAAUGUAGUCAAGAAGAAAAUGGAAAAAUUAGCUAUAAUGGAGAAGCAAAUACACAUGUCCUGUGAAAAUGAUUUCAUCGUCAAAAUGUAUAAAACCUAUCAAGAUAGAAAGUAUUUGUAUUUUCUGAUGGAGAGCUGUUUGGGAGGUGAUCUGUGGUAUUGGAGAACCAGCCAAGAACAUGGUUACUUUACAGAGAAAACCGGAAUGUUCCUGGCGGCUUGCAUUUUGGAAGCAUUAGCAUAUUUACACCAAAGGAACAUAGUAUACCUUGAUCUUAAACCUGAAAAUGUUUUGAUAGAUGCAAAUGGAUAUGCAAAAUUAACAGAUUUCGGGAACGCAAUGCACAUUACAAAAAGUAAGAAGUGCUACCUGUUCAUGGGCACACCGGAAUACGUAUCACCGGAAGUAAUAUUUCAAAGAGGGUAUGACGAAGGUGCAGACUACUGGGCAUAUGGUGUCCUCAUUUACGAAUUGCUUGUUGGAAGAUCACCAUUUGCCUCGGCUGACCCGACUUACGAGAAAACUUAUAAUAAGAUUAUAAAAGGAAUAGACGCAGUCAAUUUUCCUCCUAAGAUUAGCGAGAGAGCUGUGAAUAUUAUAAAAGAACUAUGCAAGACAAACAAAUCACAGCGUUUAGGAUGCUUGUUACAUGGUGCUAAUGAUAUUAGAGAGCAUAAAUGGUUUACUAAAUUUAAUUGGGAAAAGUUAAUCGCUCGUAAAAUGAAAACUCCGCUCAAAAUUAAAAUAAGCAGUUCCACCGAUACACGAUAUUUCCUUGAGAAAUUUAAGGAAGACAAUAUUAAUCCACCGGAAUACGAUAUUUGGGAAGACUUUUAAAUGCCUGCUUAUUAUACAUAAUAUUUUAUUGAUAUGUAACUAAU